AUGGAUUUUGUCUCGAUCGACCAUAUCCUACCCGACCCGACCAUACUCUGCGUAAAACUUGCCGCCAUGCAUCGAGACAGUGUCUCGCCAAGAAACAGCCAGUUCGGCCUCCCAGUUGUCAGCUGUCAUGGUCCGUUCCGUCAGCCUGUCGAUUGGGAUGAAAGCUGGGCCAAUCUCUUUGCCAGGCUCCUAAACCGCCUGUUCGACUUUGAGACAUCGUUGCAUGGGCCUUGGAAUGAGCAAUGUCAGGGAGACUUCAACAGGCUGAUUGACCACACCAUUCCCCGCCUUCUCGGCGCCCUGCAGUCUAAUGGCCGCGUCAUCAAACCGUGUCUCGUUCAUGGCAACCUGUCGGCCAGCACCAUGGCCCUCAACAUGGACAAUGAAGAGCCCAUCCUCCUCGGCCCGCGCAUUCUCUACGCUCACAACGAGUACGAACUGGGCGGCUGGUGCCGCAAGACUGGGACCUUGCCCUGGUCCUUCUUCCGCGAGUACCAAAAACAGUAUCCGCCAUCCGAGCCUGUUGAGGAAUGGGAUGAUAGACUCAAGUUGUACAGCAUCAAGUUUAAUCUUGAACACGCGAUUGACCGUCGGAGCCCGAAUACUCAACGGCAGUGA